AUGGAUUUUGUGGAGCAGUCCGAGGAAUUAAUUUCUGAAGUAUAUUAACUCGAUAAAUGUGUGUAUCUCUCAGCUCGAGUCUUUCUCCCUUCUCACUUCUAUGGGAUUUAAACAUCUGGGGCAAAGUUCAAUCCAUCCGAAUGGCUUUAUUGCAUUCACUCCGCAUGUCCUGAACGAGAUUGAUGGAUUGGUGAAGUAUCUAACGUUUAAGCCAGGCGAAACAGAGCCGUAAGGCAAUCGAUUUAGUUCAAGUCUUCCCAAAAAUGAUAUCAGAUUUCCAAAUGAGGAGGCGAACAUCGAAAAGGCUAGUGCAGGUAUUAGUUUGACUACUUUGAUGUCCGUCACAAUGCAUUGUUUCUUACCAAUAUCAAUAAAUUGAUACUCGAAGCACAUUUGUAUAAUAACUAGUAUAAAUUGACAUUUUCAUCGAUCUUAUUCUUUCUGAUACAACUUUUUUUUGUUUUAGAGUGUUUAUUUUUGGUGCCUUGUAAUGAUUGCUUUUUGAUGUCUGUGUGCGAAAAAAUAUUCCAAAGAAGGGGCUUCUAUAUACCAGAACCCGGGAGUAACCCUUUGUGCUGAUCUAGCGUUUUACCGUGGAUACUGUCCAAAGUAGGAUGGUCUUUUGUACAGGGUGUUCUUCAUGAUCUAGUACUUUCUGAUUGCGCGAAUAUACUCCGUCCCUUUCGCUUCUUAUCUGUUUUUAUUUUGUUAUCUAUCUUGGGAUAGUUUUCCAUACGUUUUUCUUUACGCGAAAGGUAAAUACUGUAUUUGUUGCCCUUCGAAGCCAUCAAAUACAGUUAUAUCUUGCAUUAAAUGCAUAAAACAUUGCGGCUUUUAGUAUUUUGAGAUGCAGACCCCAAUUGUACAGGUCCUUUUCCGUUGUUUAAUACUGUCGACGGGGAAAACCGUCCAGCAUGAAUGUGAUCUAGAUAUAAUGUGAGCUGCUUGUGUGUGUUAUCUCGUAAUGUUAUCGAUAUUUUCCCUAUGAAAUUCAUGUACAUCCACACUAAUGUAAUGGCAGCUAUUUUCUACAGCAAAAUAUCGCUUUGUUUGGUGCAAUGCGUUUUCUGAUGGACGCCUUCUUCUUGCCGGUAGACUGUCAACCCUUAUUUGACGUUCAUUUGUGUCCAUCGCCUUGCUAUCCCACUUCGUCAACAACACAGUCCAGCAAAGGCCGCUUAAUGUAGUACAAAGUGUUUAUUUUAGGCAAAUAUCCCUAAGUCAAACCGCCAACCGAAUAGCUGGGGUGUAAAUUCAUGCUCACAAGUAGGUAUAGUCGACUAUUUCUGUCAAAAGUGGACGCACGUGUGGCCCAAAAUGAGCUGCGAAUCACAUCCGCUGUUUUUUUAAACAAACUGAAUUCCCGUUCUAGUUUAAAUUACACCAAAUUUUCAAAGUAAAACAUAGGACAUAUCUGUUUCUACCUACUGCAUAGGAGUAUAUUUGUUCUCGGGAUUGCAGGUAUGAACGACUCGGGUCCAAUAUCAUGGCAGGACAUUUAGGACACCAUUUGUUUCUUGAGAUCCUUGUUGCUUCGUAAAUUCAGAGUAAAUCGUUGGUUUUUCUAAAUUUUGAUAGUUCAGCUUUCUGACACAAGCUUGCUUUUUGUUUAUUUUUACUCAUCAUAGCAGUACUCCCGGUUUACGCAGUUAUGGUGAGCCGUAUGUCCUGGACGUAUGUAAGCCUGUGAGCCUUAGAUAUAUAGCCAUUUUCCCGGGCAGUGCUUUUAUCUAUUUUCUAAUGAGGCUUUCUAGUAUUUUUAUUUUUUAUUUCCACGAGUUCUUCAAGAGAAUUUGCUGGGGUCAUUUAAUACUACUUCCAUCUAAGGUAAUCGGUCGUGUUUAGAACCAAAACCGCGCUCCCGUUUUUAGGCCUCGAGGUGACAAAAAUGGUCUCCUACGUAGGCUAUUUGGAUUUGAAAGGAUUUGCUUGGUCAACAAUGAGCAUUAAGCAACCAGUAACAAUGUGAGAAGGCAGUUAAAACGUCAUUCACAGGCGGCAUGCCAAGUAAGAUGUGCCCCUAGGAGGGGUUUAUCUGCAGUCUGACGUUUCGAAUAAUGAUGUCGCUCAUUCAUUCAUGUCUGAAGAUUUUGUGUUAUUGUUGUCAUUGACGGGAACGACAAUAACCCCUAUCAAGAACGACAGAACUCAGUCAUUCCCGAUCUACAGUUUGCGAUGGAAAAGAGUCUAGAAUAGAUUUCCAUUGAGCUAAGGGCACAUUGUCCAUUGGUAAUUCCAGUCCACAUUCCCUUUUUCCGUACUCCGUUUAAAAUAUAUUCCCGGUCGUUAUGCGGCUACCUUUGUGGGCAGUAGAUUGAGCCGCAAGGCAUAAAGGAAUAAUGGGUGAACGUAAUUUCAAAACAUAUAUUUGCUGGUUGAUUGUACCAAACUCGCAGCAUAGAUAACAGCCAAAGUCCCGGCACGCCACUUUAUGACGCGACUGCAUGAAAGUCAACUCAUCAAUUGAUCCUCCAACGUUUUCAAUGUGUUUUCUGGCUCAUCUCUCACUUCGUCUCUCAAGCUUUAUAGCUUUUUCAGAAAUUAGCGCGUGUGCUUGGAGUAAAUUUUCGUGGUGCGUGUAUGGUAGGUUAGGCGGUAGUUAGGUUCUACUGCGAAGUUUGAGCUUGGAUUUGGCAAAAAUUCCAUCGCGCUUAAAGCAAACUCUAGACUUUGCAUUUAUUGGCAUGCCUGUUGAGAAUAUUUCCCCAAUCGAUUCUACAGUUAGGUUUUUACAUUCACUUUGCCCUUAACUUCGUUGAAAUUUUGCUGUGUCUUAGGGUAAAACUUAUUCUUUUUACUUUUAGAUGAUCUGAAAACGAGGACUUUGAACAAGCCGAGUCCAUAUUCCCCUUCAGAACUAAGGUUAAUUCCUGUGUUGACUAAAUUAAAUAUCUAUGAAUACUAUUGAGCUUGUCUAAGGUUGGGCAAUUCUCUAAAGUAAACUUGAGUCAACUGCUUCAAGGUCAACGCUGCGGAAUGGAAGAAUGGAUUCAGAUCUGUUCGGUAGUCAGUAGUAAAUAUUUCUUCUAGUCUUUUGCACAUUGGCUACUUCAAAAGAGUUUAAAAUCUGCACUUAAUAGAUCCCCCCAAUACCUGCGGAUGAAUCCAACGUUUAACUCGGUUUAAGCAUAAAUUACUCGUAUUUACGCCGAUCAUUAAUUUUAGCUGUCCGUGGACCUUAGCUGGCAGACAUUCUUACGCAGGGUACAGCACGUGACCACUCGAAGAUCCCGCAACUAAUUUUAUGGACUGCCAUCAGCCUCGAAGCCAAGUCUUAGAUUUUGCUUUGUAGAUUCAACUUUGGUUGCUAUAGUACCGCUUGCUGUUUUACAGUGGCUGAGAAAUACAUCCCCUUUUUCUACCGCGUUUUAAGGCUUUAGACUCUAAAUAUUUCCUCUGUUCGCUUUCCAUGCGAAUUAAUUACGCCACAUAUGAGUCGGCGUAUGCAUCAUGUGGGUAGUCCGUUGAGGCUGAUGGUCUUCCAUUCAACCGACUGGGUAAGCAAUGGGUUUGACCACUAGCCCUACUGUGCCAAAUACCCUACUCUAUUUUCGCUCUAUAAUUCCCAACAAUGGUGUAGACUGUCUUGAAGAAGGAGACACGAUCGCUGGGACAAGGGCUUUAUUAGCCUGACGUUUCGGAUUCCUGCUUGAAUCCAUCAUCAGAGACAACAGCAGAUACGGGUGUCUCUGACGAUGGAUUCGAGCAGGAAUCCGAAACGUCAGGCUGAUAAAGCUCUUGUCCCAACGAUCGUGUCUCCUUUUUCAAGACUACUUCCUGGGACUCGUCUCUUCGCUUCUAUUGGCGUAGACUGUCAUUGCAGUCUUUUGGAAUUUCAUCAAAGUUUCAUUCUUUGCAGGAUUAUUCCACGGUUUUGGGAACCCUUAAUGAAUCUGCAGUGCCUCAAGCAGCGAUUUUGUCCUCUUUCAGUUUGCCGCCUUUCAUGCCCCCAUAAGCUUACGCCUAAAAAACUGCCAGUUUUCGACUGGGUGCGGAUAGAAGUCCACCAGUAUUACAUGGCGUCUUUCCUUUAAUUCUAAGUGUGUACCUAUACCCGUAUACUAACUUUAGCCACAUUCCUGUUGAGCACGGAAAUGUGAACUCCCCCCUCCUAAAUUCCUGGUGGGUUGGAGUUAGGCUUAGCGACGGUGUCAGCGUUAGGGUUAGGAUUAAGGCUAUGGUUAUAGUUUGUUUGUGAUGGCUAACUUUCGGGUUGCAGUGUAAUCUAGGAGGGCUAGGGAAAGUAUCAGGCUUAAAGUUAGGAUACGGGAAUAUGAAACCCCUGGAAUUUGGCGUAAUGCCAUGUGUCUGACCUUUCUUCUCCCUAUCUCUCCUGGUCCUAACCCUGGCCCUUGGAAUUUAAUGAAUGAUCACCUAUGAUAGUGAACACCCCGGUAAUUUAUUUUUGAGGAAUAAACUUAUUUUUCCGAGCGGAAUUUGGUGUUUUAGCUCAUGCAAAUAUUGUUAAGUUCAAGGAUAGAUUUUCUCUUCAAACGUCAAGACAAUCCAAUUCCGGUUACUUAUCCCCAUUCCUUAUCGGUAUCGAUUUUGAAAUCUUGUACUCAAAGACUAGACGCCGGCAAAGUCACUCUUAAACCGUCUUCGGAUAGGAAUCUUAAUCAAGUAUACAAUCGGUUUCUGGUGAUCCUCUUUGUGAAGUAAAAUGAACGCAUUUUUAUUUCCCUAUGGUGUCAUUUUUUCACUACCUACAUCCUUGUCUUAACUAAGUGGCGACUGAGGACAUCAGAAUUCCUUGAGAAACCCACUAUACCAUGCAUUAAUAUGCCAUAAAAAUAUGAAAGUUGCCGUGGGGGGUACUUUAGCCGUAAGGCACUUUCUCCUUCGUAAUAACAUUUUAUCAAGUUGAAGGUAUACGCCAGAUCAAUAAAGAACCCCAAAAAGUCCUUCUAAUACUAUUUGCCUUUUAGGCUACUGAUGCAAAAAGAACUCGCGGCCAUGAAACAGCGGCUUCAAAAUGUGCAGGUUAGCUCAUUAAGAUUUCAAUUUGCUUCGGCAAUUUCCCGGUUUUCUCCAGUUCCUGACAUUAAUCUACUUUUUCCUGUCAUCCUAGAAGUUUUCUCGAGGUAUAACGACCAAUGUGUAAUGUCUCUUUGCAUUAAAAGCACAGCACUGUCUAGGGCGGUUCCAGGAUAAUAGUCCCUCUAAGAAAAAAAUUCGCAAUGCUUUAGUCCAAACACAUCCUCUGUCAACUGCGUGACCUCCCCUUAUGUUCGGUCCUUCCAUUUAAUCUUACAAAAAUCGGUAAGUUUGGAGUACAGAAUUCUCCGGAUUCAACUGUCAUAUUGGCCACUUAAGGCCACCUUGACCGUUACUACUUUUAGUAGUUUCCACCUGCUAAACUACGAAUAUCAUGAAGGUUGGUAUAUACGGCUGAGGAAGUUUAGAAAUCUAUGGUUUCCCAUUCUAUCCAUGUACCGACAUAGCAACGAGCCCGUGGCUUAGGAGUUAGAGGAGUUGGACUUCUAACUAACAGGUCUCUGGUUAGAGCCUCGGGUGUGCCACACUUCGGGGUUGGGUAUGAAUGACUGGCGACGGCUAGUAGGCCAGAAAUGGCCACUCCAGUUUCCCUUGUCUUUGUCGGUAAUGCCAUUCUGCCUUUAUCAUGCACCACUGUGCGGUUGCUGAUUGGGCUCAAAAGACAGCCCCUAAGGCACAACGGAACGAGUGAGUUCCGUAUGAACGAGCGGUGAGCGCCCCCUACCAUUGUAUAUUCCCGAUCGAAAACCGACAGGGCAACGGACUCGUGGCCCGGUGGGUAGAGGCGUGGACUUCUAAACCAACAGGUCGCGAGUUCGAGGCUCGGGUGUUCCACACUUCGGGCUUGGGUAUGGCUGGCUGACGACGGCUAAUAAGCCAGAAAUGGCCAUUCCAGUCUCCCUUGUCUUUGUCGGUAAUAUCAUUCUGCCUAUAUAUAUAUAUAUAUAUUUUAUGUUUAAAUUUUAACUGUUUUUUCCACACGUGCUACACGUCUGACGACGAGCUGGGGAACCACGCUCGAAAAUUUACGAAAUAAAGUUUGUUCAUUUUCCCAAAGAACCCAUUUUUCUUCGAAAUAUAUAUAUAUAUAUAUGAAAUGGAGCCGACAAAGACAAGGGAGACCGGAAUGGCCAUUUUUGGCUUAUUAGCCGUCAUCAGCCAGUCAUACUCAACCCCAAGUGUGGAUCACUUGAGAUUCGAACCCGGGAUCUUUGGUCAUGGAGUUUGACACUCUACCAUUGAGCCACGAUGCGGCUGGAGACUUUUUCAGCUUUCAGCUUGCGACAGCCAUACCUCUUCAAACUUUCUGAUUUGAGAAACUCUUCAAAUCAGUGGUGAAAAUCCUUGUCAAGGUUGACAGUUCGACCGUCGUUGUCGACGAUGACCACCGUGUGCUCAACUGCUGUAUGAGAGCAGGAACAGUCACGUGCGCGCAUGAACUAGUUAAUAUUGGUAUUAGUCUUGCGCAACGUUUACCGCACUCCCUCCUUCUUUCCCACCCGCAUCCGGAGCAAGUGCCUGGCAUGGCGUAGGUCCGCACCUAGACGGACAGCCACACCUCCUGUUCGACAGCGUACACUGGCCAAUAUCUCAUACACCAACAAGCAGGGGGGAACGGUUCAGAUCCCACGGAGUGGGGAUACCAUACAGGCCACAUUAAGAAGGAGUCAAUGCAUGCCAGUUUGCCAGUCGGCUAUUCCACACAAACAAGCAUUGGAAUAACCGCGAGGUCUGGGUUAUCCCGUCACUUGGCGACCUUCCAGGCCACGGUUUUUAGCACAUUGCGAUAGCUUCAAGCGCAUCGGAUCGUUUGCAGUGAUGGAAUGCUCUGAGACUAACCAAAUGGCUCCAGUCAGGUGCAAUAAGGAGUACCUCAUGUAACUCAGUUAAAUUGCAAAAAGCCCUUGGCUUUACUUCGACACAAUAGACACUACUGUUUAUUCAUAUUACUAAUUGUCAGCAUUUUGUGGUGUUUUGGCAACAUUUAAAUUCUCCAUCAGAUUCUCGCCAUCUCUGAUGGACCACCUAAACUGAGAACUCAACCUUGGUCAAGGACAGAUAUGUCCGAACAGGAUUCUUCCAGCGAGGCUGAUUUUGCCAAAGACGCUUUUCUUGAAGAUGAGCCGUCUGAAGGCUUUGAGAGCUCCCGAUUCAGUCACUGUUGUGAACGCUGUACGCCACGCAAGACCGCUAGGGACUCAGCGCGAGAAUUUUUGGCGGAGAUACAGACUCUGGACGAUCUCGACUUAGAGGAGGAGGAGGAGGCGGUGGAGGGUUAUCCGACUACACCAGUCUUGGGUGACCUACGGCCACUGCUACCGCCACCGACCAGACAAUCCUCCAUGGAUUCAGAUGAUUCUGGCUGUCAUGUUGGAAAUGGACUGACAGGUUCCAUUCUCAACAAGGUCAACAUGCCAAAGAAGCCUGAUCAUUUGGCUGAAAAGAGUCCUUCUAUUACGCCGCGACUUGCUCCGCUCAGUUCCCUAAAACAGUAAGUGCUGCCUUCUGUCGUAGUCUUCAUUACAGAGAUUAAUUGCAUAUUGCUUGGCCGUUGGGACGAGCGUGGGGGAAAUACUUGUGUGGGCAGCCGACAUCAAGACGCGGGAUAGGAGUCCUGCGAACUAUAUUCUUAUACUAUGCCUACUUAUUUGAUUUAGGUAGCCUGGCAUACGUUAUAUACACUUUCUGGAGUCCAUUGUCGUUAAGAGAAUCCUCCAAGAAAGUAUAGGUGGAGUUUCAAGUUAAUUCGAUGGCAUUAGAGUAUAAGCCCACCUCUUCCCCUACUUAAUACAGGUGGCCUUGCGCUAAUUCCAUGAAGAUCAGGUUUCGAAUUAAGGUUAGGGCUACAGCUCAGGUGUGGGGUUAGGACUAAGGUGGUGUUAGGGGCAGGUUUGGGAUUAAUGUUUACAGAUAAAGUUAAGGCUAGGACACAGGAAUUUGUGUCCUUCCUUGGAUUUAGCACGCGGCCGCUUCUGUUAAGGGGUGGUUCAUAUACUCAUGCUUUACCGUAAAAGGCGCGUUUGCGCCAAAUCCUGUGUUAAUGUAGUUUGCAGCAACAACAAAAACCCGCAUAAGGUACAUGUUUUAGUGGGCAUAUAUAUAAAAUAAAGGGCGGGGGAGUACUCACUCCUUUGUCCAAUGGAGAAGAUGGCAGAGAUCUCCAAACUUUGAUUUAAAGUUCGACGUUCCACGAAGACGUAUGGUUGAUUUGAAACCUACAGACUUUUGAAUACUGCAGACACUUUUUAUGACCGUCUGGUCGAAUAUAAAAGCUCAACCUAAGCACUUGUAUGCUCGAGAGUUGGGUCUGAAUGAUCAAUUUUAAGGCAAGGAAAAUUCUAAUGUGUUUUAGCCGCGAUUUAAUCUUUAUUAGUCAUCUCAGAUGAUGCGUUGUUUGCUACCCAUAUAACCAGUAAAUUUCGGCCUCUUGAACGCCGCUACUAUAAUAGCCAGCGCACCUAUCUCGCGCUGUCGUUAAAAUACCAACAUCAGAUGUUUAAAUAGGUAAUAGUGCACCGAAAAGGAAUAGAAAGUAGAGAUUGCACCCUCAUCUUUUCAACUCCGUCUGGCAACUGCGAAAUUCACUUAUUUCGCCCCUGAUAUUAAUUAGGGCUUUAUAAUUAAACACUUUAUACCAAUUAUGGUCCUCGACUUUAGCAAUAUUUUGUCCAAAACUAGACGUCUGAGACUUCCAACUAUGCAAAGCUGCCAAAGAUGUUUAAUUUGCUCUCUUCUCUCCCAAACUAUAUCAUGAGAUUGUGUUCUCUUUCUCGAAAGCAAUUACAGAAACAGGGGAUGAUCUUUGUUGCCGUUUCAGUACUUGGUACAGAGCAAAAUAUUUCGGACAACUGCAAUGUUUCCUGACUAUUGCAGACUAGGCCGAAUAAGUAAAAUUCAGGCAGAGCUGACUUACGUAUAAACAGAAAACGAAUCUCCUGCAACAGGGGUGGCUUUGAGCCAACUUUCAGCAAAAUUAGGGUUAAGUUUAAGGAUGAGGCUAGGGCUGGUUUAAGGAUUAAGCUUAGGUUUAAAGUAAACGGUACGCAAGUCAGAAUUAAGUUAAGAGGUAAGGUAGGGGCUGGUGUUACUUGUAGAAUUAAGGUUUGUGCUUGGCUUAGGGUCAAGAUUAGGGCAACGGUUUAGUUUUACGUCUGGGUUAUUGUUGGGAUCAGGAUGUGGGAAUAUUUUUUUCCAUUUCUAUAAUUAUGCGCAGGCCCACCUUUAUUACUCGGGCUGGGCGUUCUUAAUUCCAUGUCCUGUUUAGGGGGCCAAUUAAUCAGUCCCGCCUGUAUGUUUUCAACUCUGAGCAGCGUCUUUUUAGGAAGCAUACAUAUUCACCUCGUCUCCAUUUGACAUUGGAUGGACACUAAGGGGCAACGAGCGGGUGAAGGACCCAAAACACACACAUGACCAGCCAAAGGUGCCUGUAUUACGGGAAUGGUGGUAAUACGGGUUUUACGGGCGAGGCCUAUGUAUGCAUAGGGAAAUGACAAAGUAAGUGUAGGUAAUUGGUAAAAUCGUUUUUCGGGCGGAAAAGUUUUAAUUCAUCGACGUAAAACAGCCGAAAUAAAGCAGGACAAUUUGAAAAAAAUAAACAUGAAGUGUCUACAACGAUCCCUUCUCAACCCUCUGAUCUGAUGUCAUUGCAGGUAAUGCACCAGAUCGUCUACAACAGACGAUCCAACCUUGUUCGAUGAAACAGUAAACCGAAAUAGUCGUGUCGGAAUAAAGCCAACUUAAAUUACUAUAGUAGGUAUUCUUUGUAUGCCACAGAUGCUUGGGAUCCUUCAUCCGAUCCUUUCCCGCUAAGGAAAACAGCACAUGUUAUUCACGUGUUUCAUUCAAGAACAGUGUGCCUUCCGGUUUCAAAAAAGUUUUUCAGUUCACAAACACCUUUGAACUUGACCUGCCGCUACAGGCCGUGAAAUUUCUUUAUAUGGGAGAUCAUAAAUUCCUCGGUGCCAUCAAGAUGUCUUGUAGGGUUCAUAAAAUUGUGCAAUGGAUGCAAAUUAUGUUAUGUACCUUCUAAGAAACAUUUAUAAGCAGAUAUCUGAGGAAAAAGGAGUGCUCACCGGAUCAAGGAGAUUGUUUGGCAGACGUUUCGAAGAGUUUGGGCGGCUCUCCAUUGUCAAAACGUCUAGUGCAAAAAUCUAUCAGAAUUCUGAAUAAGCAGCCGAACUAGUUGGCCUUGGGCUGAGCGAUUUUUUCCUUCUUUCACUGCCUUGGCCUACUGGCUGUCGUUUGUGAGAGUUGGUGGCCUCCUCUUUUGGGUGAAUUCGUUGACAGGCUGUGUUUGCUCAACAUUCUUAAGUUUCGUAUGACUGUCUUAUCCUCGUCUUGGCGUAUGUAGUGACGUAGGACUUUAUAGGCCGCAGGAAGGUCUAGAUGCCUGUUGAUGGAGUUGGCAUCAGAGUAACAAGCCUCAAGUGUAAGACUCUCUGUCCUUGAGGUGCCCCUGCCUAGGACGGCUGUUCCUUGAAAGUCAAAACUGUGGCCAGUUUCUCCGAUGUCAGUCGCAGCUGUGAGUUUGGAUCUAGUCUCCGAGUUGCCAGUUUGUGCUAAUGUAGGCGGGUCUGCAAUUUCCGUCCGGUUUCCCAACGUAGUUGCAGUCUCCAUCGUUACAACGUAUUUGAUAGACAACUGCUGAGGUUUCAGUUGGUGGCAGUAUGUCUUUUGGUUGCAUCAAACGGCGACGAAUGGUUGCCUGGGGUCGAUGGGCAGUGCCUACCCUGGUAGGUUGUAACAGCCGCCAAAUCGCCUCGGAAACUCCUUUAAUGUAAGAAAUAGCCCUCCAGACUUCGAGUUGCUCUUCUUGUGGCCGUCGUCUGUUCACUCGGCACUCGCUUUGCUUGAUAAAAUAGCUUGGCCCAAAAGAGGUUAUGAAGGUAUUGUAGUUCAACUCUUUUGUCGGCUGGUGUGCUGCAGUGCGUUUCAACUCUUUGGAAUAGAAUACGGACACAGUUGCGUUUAUGAGAGAGGGGUGAUUGCUGUUGAAGUGUAUUAUUUGUCUUAUAUUGGUGGCUUUUCUGAAAACGGUAGUUUAUAAUUGUCCAGUUGCACACCGAUGCACGAGGACAUCGAGGAAGGGAAGUUGGUUGUUUGUUUCAACUUCCAUCGUGAACUGGAUAUUCGGGUAGACACAAUGCUGUAUGAAUGCACAGUCCACGGCCUUCACAAAUAUCUGAAUUGCAAACUUCCUAAAACUCAAGAUACUCUUUGUUCAAGCAUAAAAUUCGAAAGGGACAUAAUUGUUCACCAAAUAAGUAUAAGAAAAGGUGUUGUGUGCAUGUUUUAUAUAUAAUAUAUUUUAAUGCAUAAGAACAUGGAAUAUCAAUGCGAAAAAGUCCAUGCCGCAGAGAUAGCCAUUUUUUGCCGAGUGUAGUUUUUUGCAGGCAGCCGGAAGGAAACUCAUUCAAAAGCCAGCAUCCUGGCUUGACUAAAGUGCCUCGCCAGUCUUUUGCCUGACAGUCAAUAUUAAAACUCCGCCUAAGUACUCUUUAAUCACCUUUUUUCCCUCAAAUCCAUGUUUUUAUGAUUUCUGCUUACCUUCGUCGAGUAUACGUCUGUAUUUGGUUAUGGGUCUCAGAAAUAUGUUUACCAUAUCCAUUUUCUUUGGGGAUUUACUUCGAAAAAAUGAUGCCUACUUAUUUGCUUGGUGGUAGCGUAAACCAUAAAAGAAAGAAAAAAGAAGUCGUCACUACCUUAUAGGCCAAAAUCACUCAAAAUUACUUCUAUUGACAAGGCGCAGAAAUUCGGUCACAAUGACAUACGGUUAUACAGACUAGGCUUAUUUUUUAGAUAAUUCAGUGUUCACGUGGUAUCUUUCUCGAAUGCCUUAUGAACGAAAUAUUGGAAUGACGUUUGGGUGGGGGUUGCCGCGUUGACAGGAUACAGUGUGCUCCAGAGAGUUGAUUCUAGGAGAGGAGGGAUGUUUAUACAGUCAUUUACCGAUCUCAUGAGAUGUUGACUGGAAUUCCGAAUUGCGUUUUGAUAAGGAACAAUUUCCCAGCUGGGACUGUAAUACUAACUGUCGUGCAGCAUAAUCCUAUGAUAUGUCAGUUAUGCCAGAAUGCGGGAAUUUGAGUGAACCGCUUUUCGGUCGUUUUCAAAUACCGCAUUUUAUAAAAAAAAAUGACUACUUAAUCGGCAUGCACUUUUCUCGCCGUGUUUCGAGGGUUUUACAGACUCAAAUAUAUUAUGUUGUAAAAAUGCACAUAAAUAUUUUUUAUUGGGCUCAUUUGGUGGCAAAUCGUGUCUUCCUCAAAUUUUGUGCUCGAAUAAAGGGCAUCUUUCGGUUUUUUAAAGUUUAUAGUCAUGUGAUUUUUAAGACCGUGAAAUUCUCAUCCAAAGAGCAUCGUCUCUGUCUAUUUCAUAAUGCUCCUCAUUAGGUAUACAACAUAAUCCACAUUCGUUGCGACAUUUUAUGGGUCCCAUAUCGUAUUUUUAUUGACUUAGGGAAAUGUAGAUUUUGUAUUACACGAAAAGUAUACUGCUUGCGGACUGAGAAUCCUUAGGACAAAUGCAGCGGCAGAUCGAGCUCCAAACUAUUCGGCAGAGGAAAAGCCUUUUAAAAAACAAAUAAUGCCGAUGUGAUUUUCUUCAAAAUAAGCGCAAGUAAUGAUAUUUUUAUUGGACUUUCCAGUGAACUAUACUUGGAUUUAAAAAGAUAUCGAAAAUCAAUAGAAAAACUCAUGCCCCUUAUGUAGGAAUAUUUUACCGGAUGCAGUUUCUGCAGAUGGCUGACUAGAAGCAAAUGCAAAAGCUGGCAUCCUGCGAGUCUAAAAUAUCACGGAACUAUACGGCAAGGCAGCCAUUGUCACAGCCCUAAUUAAGUCAACCUUCGUAAUCGGAAAUGUAUUGCUGAAUUUCAGUUAACAGAAGAGUGUUAUCCUCGUCACUUGGGACCCUUACUCAACCAGUGUCCCCACGCACGAUAUCUAAAUAGCAAGCCGAUACAAUCCCAAACACGGUAUCACCGACUUUUUGGCCCUUUCCUUACAGUAUGCGCAGUUAUGUUCCAAUACUAGUUUAUUCGAUGUUUUAUAGGAGACGUCGUGACAUCAACGACCUGACCGACCAAUUUAAGUGUUGUUAAAACUACUUUAAUCACAUCAGUGUAUUUUGAGUAACUUACAGAAGCCCUCGAAAACUCAAAUGCAAGUCUGCAAGAAGAGCAGUUUAGCUGCAAACAUUUACAAAUAAUUUCAGUAUGCUAAAUGAACAAAACUGAUAAUAGGACAGGCUAUUAAAAAGCGGAUGAUUUCGCUAUAUAACAGCAAACAACACUGUAUUUGGACGCAGUGUUCAGAAGCGCCAAAGUUAAAGCAAACAAAAUGGGUUAUUGAAAUCGAUAUAGUAGCAUGUUAUGGUUAUGAUUGAUGUAUUAGAUGAGAUUUGGGGAGUUCUCAUGCUUUUAAACUGCCACAGUGAGCUAACGGGCGGGCCUUGGAACACUGCCACCUGACGGGAUAACUCGGAGUGGAAUAGAUCGAAGGAACUAUAAAACAACUUAUAAUCAUGCGGAAGUGUUAGGUCAAUGUCGGCCCUCACAGUCUUUGAAAAUGCUCCGAUGUACGCCCCGACAGUGAAGGGCGGACACUGUUGUGACCGACUAGUGUUGCUGAAUGAACUGAAAAAUUAAACCAUCGGAGAGGAUAACACUCAUAUCCCUGUUUACUUCCACAAAGUGUUUGGAAACCAUCUCCGUAGUGAAAAGGUGUUACCAUGUUAACUACGAUUAAGAGCAUCGGCUUUGCCCAUCUUCGUAUCCUCUGAGAAAUUUUCUGUCUUCUCUAGAUGUCUGGAAAAUUCCUGUCACUUCGGAUUACAUCCAGACCAAUGCCGGAUGUAAACAAGCGGCCGAAUGUUAGCUGUCUCAUGAUUUAGAUGGCUUUCGAGACGCUGGAGAAAUAGCGUUGAUUCUCCAUGUUUUUUUCAGAAUUUUAGACGUACUUUUUUCCUGUGUACGUGGCCAAAUUCACAGUUGAUGAGCGGUGUGUCAACAAGCAGCGCGUAUUGUUUCACGCAGCACAUUUAAGCCCGACCAGCGGAGAGCCAAUCAGCGCAAAGUAAAAUACUCUUGUAGCGUAAUGGCUGAGUUUCGUAAUGUGCGUGCACUUUCCGAUCUAAUCGAUAACUUGUAGGCGAGCGAGCGAGCCAAAACCAGUAGUUUUACAUUAAUUGCGUGGACUUUUUACCUUACAAUAUUUUCAGUUCCGGGACUUGUGAAGUUUCUGUUCAAAGCCAGUCGUCUCUUUCUAACAUUCCUUCUCUACUCUUAGAUCACAUGUAGGGAGGAAGGUGGAAUCUCGCCUUGGGCCAAAGAAGGCAGAUGUGCUCUUGAAUCAUAAAAAUUCUGGUGCGGGUGAUAUGCACGAAGAAUCACAGAACUCUAGGAGGAUUCUCGUCGCUGCCGAGAGACAGCCACCGGCUAGCGGAAAUGGGUCUUCCUUCAAUUCUGCCCAACGGUUCCGACGUCUGGUUAUGGACUCACGAUUCCCCGAUCCCCGGACAACGAAGGCCACAAAAGUUGCACAAGUGAAGUCUGUUCGAAAACCGGAAUGA